AUGAGGAGCAUGUGCAUCCGAGUGACUGUGUGUAUCAGAGCACAGGGCGCCCGUGGGUCCAGAAAUCUGCUUUGUGGUGUCACACCACAAAGGGCCCUUUGUGUGACUGCAGCAGGGACGGUGGUUGAUGGAAAGUUAGAGGGGGGGAAAGGAGCUGAGAGCGCAGGAGCUAGAAAGGGGGGUGUGGAUGGACGGGUGCGCAGCUUUGAGGAGAUCCCUCACACAGGGAGGAACGGCUGGGUCAACCUGCUGAAGUUCUGGAGAGAAGAUCGUUUCCAGCAGCUCCACAAGCACAUGGAGAGGACCUUCAACGCCCUCGGCCCCAUCUACAGGAACGGCGAGGAAUGGCGGGCCGACCGUCUGCUGCUCAACAAGGAGGUGAUGAUGAGCGCAGCCGUGAGGCGCUUUCUUCCCCUGCUUGAUGAGGUGGCGAGAGAUUUCUGCCGAAUGCUGCGGGCGAGAGUGGAGAGGGAGGGAAGAGGCGAGGAGGGGAAACGCAGUCUGACCUUGGAUCCCAGUCCUGACCUCUUCCGCUUCGCACUGGAAGCCAGCUGCCAUGUGAUCUACGGGGAGCGUAUAGGUCUCUUCUCCUCAUCCCCCUCCCUGGAGUCCCAGAAGUUCAUCUGGGCUGUAGAGCGAAUGCUGGCAACCACCCCUCCUCUCCUCUACCUGCCCCCUCGCCUGCUGCUUCGAAUUGGCGCUCCCCUGUGGACCCAGCACGCCAGCGCGUGGGACCACAUCUUCAGCCAUGCGGAGGCAAGGAUCCAGAGGGGGUACCAGAGGCUGUCGUCCACACAAGGUCGAGGGUCUGAGGCUGGAGCAGCUGGAGGCCAGUACACCGGGGUCCUGGGCCAGCUCAUGGAGAAAGGGCAGCUAUCUUUGGACCUCAUCAAAGCCAACAUCACUGAGCUGAUGGCUGGAGGGGUCGACACGACAGCGGUGCCCCUGCAGUUCGCUCUGUUUGAGCUGGGCCGUAACCCAGAGGUGCAGCAGAGGGUGAGGCAGCAGGUGACGGCGUCGUGGGCUCAGGCUGGUGGUGACCCUCAGAAAGCCCUACAGGGGGCGCCACUGCUGAAAGGCACGGUCAAGGAGAUUCUCAGGUUAUAUCCGGUGGGAACCACAGUGCAGCGGUAUCCGAUCAAAGACAUUGUUCUUCAGAAUUACCACGUACCUGCCGGGACGAUGGUCCAGGCCUGCCUUUACCCUCUGGGGAGGAGCGCAGAGGUGUUCGAGGACCCACAGCGCUUUGACCCCGGCCGGUGGGGCGGCAGCAGCAGGGCGGAAGGCCACAGAGGAGAGGGGACGGGGUUUCGUUCUCUGGCGUUUGGGUUCGGGGCGAGGCAGUGUGUCGGGAGGAGGAUUGCCGAGAACGAGAUGCAGCUCUUGCUCAUGCAUCUCCUGCUGAGCUUCCAUCUCAGCGUGUCUUCUUCAGAGGACAUCAGAACCAUGUGCACCCUCAUCCUCCAGCCCGAGACUCCGCCGAGGAUCACUUUCAGCAAGCUCUGA